CCCUUGCAAGCAACGGCCGCCGCACCGCCACAUCUGCGCGCGAGGCGUAACGUCGUAGCCAAACUUUAACUCGCCCUGGCUUGGAGCUGGCCAUCUUUCUCCGCAUUGAGGCCGACUCCUCUCUCUCUCUCUCUCUUCUUCGGAUGCGUCGCCAGCCAUGUACCAGUUGAGGUGGAUUUGUUCCACAUGUCGCACCCAGCGCCCGCCAGCUGCUGCCGCCGCCCUUCGAUUGCCUCGUAGCCAUCUUCGUGCCUAUACCCGACCCGCCUUUGCACCGAAACCCUCCGUCGACAUCAAGCAUAUUCGCCAGAAUCCCGGCCUCUACCAACAGAACAGCAUCGACAGAAACUACGCUGCCCACAGCGAAGCUCCGUGGAAAAUCAUCAAGCUACACGAGGAAUGGCUCGCGUUGCAGCAGAAUGCUCGCCAUCUGAGAGAGCGCAACAACCUGCUUCGCGGGAAAUUGGCCAAGGCAAGCUCAAAGUCCAGCACCGAUGACACCAGCGAGAACCGGGCUGCUCUGAUCGACGAGGCCAAAGCUAUGAAGGCCGAAAUUGGCGUCAUUGAAGCGAAAGAAGCACAGCUGCAGGACGAGAUUGAUGAGCUUGCCCAACAACAGCCGAAUCUGAGCAGCACGCAUACGCCAGUCGGGACCGAACCUCACGUCGUAGAAUACAUCAACCAACAUCCCGAGGCCGAACCCUCACAAUCGGAUCGAGUUUGGAGAUCGCACGUGCAUAUCGGUUCAGAGCUAGGGCUGCUCGAUUUCGCUGGCUCCGCGCAAACUUCGGGGUGGGGGUGGUACUUCUUGGUGGGCGAGGCGGCUAUGUUGGAGCAAGCGUUGGUGCAGUACGCGCUCAGUGUAGCUAGGAAGAGGGGAUGGAAAGUCGUUGCGCCGCCCUCGCUGGUGUAUUCACACAUCGCAUCGGCUUGCGGAUUCCAACCCAGGGAUCAGAACGGCGAGCAGCAAGUCUAUGCGAUUGAACAGAGUGAGAAGGACAAGGCGAAACCCCAGCUGGUGCUGGCUGGCACCGCAGAGAUUCCGCUUGCCGGUAUGAAAGUAGGACACACGUUCGAAGACGUGGACCUACCUCUCAAAACCGUGGGAGUAUCGAGAUGCUACCGGGCAGAGGCUGGUGCCAGGGGUAUCGACACCAAGGGCUUAUAUCGCGUGCACGAGUUCACGAAAGUGGAAAUGUUUGCUUGGACGAUGCCAGACAACCCGGACAGCGAGCACUUCACCACGCCGACCAGCUCCAGCUCUGAGGCCAUCUUCGAGGAAAUGCUCUCCAUUCAAAAAGAAAUCCUGCAAGCGCUUGGGCUACACUGCCGAGUAUUAGAGAUGCCAACAACGGACCUCGGGGCCAGCGCAACACGAAAGCGCGACAUUGAAGCCUUCUUCCCAUCUCGGCGCGAAAAGGAUGAAGGGUGGGGCGAGGUCACGUCAACAUCGACUUGCACCGACUACCAAACGAGGCGCCUGCACACGAGGGUACGACUUGGGAAAUCAGGCGGGAAGCUUGAGUUCCCGUACACGUUGAAUGGGACUGCGCUCGCGGCCCCCCGUGUGAUUGCGGCGAUUCUGGAGAACAACUGGGAUGAGGGGGAUUACAGCGUGACGAUACCGGAGGUGCUCCGGCCGUUCAUGGGCGGAUUAGAGAAGAUUCAAGGGCAAAAAAUGCAUGGAACUGGGAGUUACUAA